AUGGCUCAGGAUCCAACCGACCCAGACGGUGACUCUGAAAUGACUUCAUCAGUCGGCUCCCUUCACAGCGGCCACGAAGGUGGCACCGGUGCCCGCACGCCUACAGGUAUCGCCCAAGCUCCAGCCAGCGCAACGGAGCUCUCUCCGCCCGGCUCGCAGACACAUCAUUCAGCUCCUCCCCUUUCCGACAUGCGGGCUUCAGUGGAAGUGCGCAAAGGGUCUGUCACGGAUAAGGCUGGGGAAUGGGAAUCGGGAAUUGCGGCUUGGAAGUCCAAGCGCGCUCAGGAUGAUGUUCAUCGGGCUUUGGAGUUUGUUACUGACAAGGACUUCAGCCUAGAUGAAUUCGGAGAUCCGUUCGAUGAACGGGACUUGGAAGAGAAGCUGUUUUGA